CUCUCUCUCUCUCUCUCUCUCUCUCUCUCUCUCUCUCUCUCUCUCUCUCUCCCCGGCAUGCGCUCUCUGUUCUCCGGCACUUUCACAUCGUGGUGUGUAUUGGAGGAGUAUUUCCAUGGCUUUGGGACUAAAACGGUGGGCAUGCAGUAACGCUUGAGGAAGAUGCGCCAGCGGUCGUGGCUCUUUAAAUGGCUGGGAAUAGGCAUAGGAGUUCUUUUAGCUGCAGCUUUCUGCUCAUCUCAGGACACAGACGACUGGCAGUAUGAAGAGUGCAAGCUCUCCAGGACGGGUCCGCCGGCCACCAUAGUCGCCAUAGACGAAGAGAGCCCUAAUGGUACUCUUCUGGUAGAGAACAUGCAGAUCAACGGACGAGCAGAAGAUCCGGACAGAACUAUCUCUUUAUCCCUGAGAGACAACUAUAACUACUGGGUCAUCCUGGACCCGGUCAAACAGCGCCUUUACCUGAACAGCACCGGACGAGUUUUAGACCGAGAUCCUCCCUCCUACAUUCACUCCAUUGUGGUGCAGGUCCAGUGCACUAAUGAACUGGUUGGCACGGUGAUUCUCCACGAGGUACGGAUUGUUGUGAGGGAUCGAAAUGACAACACCCCUCGCUUCCAGCAGCCUCGAUACUACGUGGCCGUUAAUGAGUUAACUCCAGUCGGCACCACCAUCUUCUCUGGCUUUACUGGGAACAACGGAGCCACUGACAUUGAUGACGGACCGAACGGACAAAUCGAGUACACUAUUCAAUACAAUCCCAACGACCCGACUGCAAACAGGACAUUUGACAUCCCGCUCACCCUCUCCGGCUCCGUGGUCCUGAGAGAGAGACUCAACUACGAGGAGAUCACACGCUACCUGAUCAUCAUUCAGGCCAACGACCGGGCUCCUUACCCUAAAGACCGCCUGACUGCCACCACCACGCUGACUGUAGACGUGCUGGAUGGAGAUGACCUGGGUCCCAUGUUCCUGCCGUGCAACCUGGUGGACAAUACCCGCGACUGCAAGCCACUGACCUACAAAGCUACAGUCCUGGAGCUGGCAGACCCAAGCCGGGCCAACCCAGUAAACGUGACCCCUCCCAUCCAGGCUGUGGAUCAGGACCGGAACAUCCAGCCUCCUUCUGAUCGCCCAGGCAUCGUCUACUCCAUCCUCAUAGGAAAACCUGUAUCUUAUGCAGACUACUUCUCCUUGAACAGCAGCACGGCCGAGCUGAGACUGCUGCAGCCCGUCAGCCGCGAGGAGCACCAGCGGUUCGACUUGGUGAUCAAGGCGGAGCAGGACAAUGGACAUCCACUGCCAGCCUUUGCCAACCUCCACAUUGAGGUUCUGGAUGAGAAUGACCAGGCGCCGUACUUCCAGGCACCAUCCUACCACGGCUUUAUCAUGGAGUCUGCAUCGGUGGGCACCACAAUCUCCAGCAGUGCCAAUCUCUCCUACCCUCUCACCAUCAUCGCUCUGGAUAAUGACGUGGAGGAGACCAAAGAUCCCAUGGUACGAAUCUCCCUGGACAACUACGGCAGCAUCUUUGCUGUGACACCCAGUGGGCUGGCGCGCUACCUGACACUUCUGAAGCCCGUGGACCGUGAAGAGCAGCAGAGUUAUAGCUUCACAAUGAUCGCCUCAGACGGCAUUCAGGAGAGCCCUCCAGUGACCGUUAAUAUCACGGUGAUCGAUGCCAACGACAACACACCCACCUUCCCCAACGUCUCCUACAGCGUCAAUGUUUACACAGACAUGCAGCCCGGGGAAACAGUAUUACGGCUGACGGCGGUGGAUGCUGAUGAGGGUCCCAACGGGUUGAUAAGCUACAGCAUCCUGGCGGGGGCUCAGGGACACUUCACCAUCAAUAACCUCACUGGACUGAUCACUGUGGUGCCCGGCGUGAACCUGACCGUGGGACGAUCCUACGCCCUCACCGUGCGAGCUGCAGACAGCGCCCCGUCCUCACAGAGGAGGAGCUCCAUCACCACUGUUUACAUUGAGGUUCUCCCUCCCAACAACCAGAGUCCACCACGCUUCCCCCAGCUCCUCUACAGCCUGGAGAUCAGCGAGGCCAUGAGGACUGGAGCUACCAUCCUCAACCUGCAGGCAACAGACCGUGAAAGAGAUCCCAUUACAUACAGCAUCCUGAGCGGUGAUCCUGGCGCCAUCUUUGAAAUCAACCAAACGUCUGGGCUGUUGCUGCUGGCGAAGAUGCUGGACAGGGAGAGCACAGAUCGCUACACGCUCACCAUCACUGCAUCCGACGGCAAGCUGGACGGGACCUCCACAGCCACCGUGGACAUCCUGGUGACCGAUGUCAACGAUAACGACCCUGUGUUUGAUCCUCUAUUGCCCCACAAUCUCACGGUUCAGGAGGAGCAGGCCAACGCUUUCGUGGGUCAAGUGAAGGCCACUGAUCCCGACCUCGGGGUGAACGGUCAGGUGCGCUAUAGGCUGCUGACCCACGCUGACCUCUUCCGCAUCAGUGUGGAUGGAAACAUCUCCACAGCUGUGGCUCUGGACCGUGAGCAGAGGGGACACUACGAGCUGGUGGUGGAGGCCUGGGACGGAGCGCUGGACCCCCGCAGGACCACCCUCACACUCUCCAUCAAUGUGCUGGAUGUAGACGACAACAGCCCUGUUUUCUCCCAGCCGUCCUACAGUGUAAUCCUGCCUGAGAACAGCCCGGCGGGCGUGGCCAUCCUCCAGCUCAGCGCAUCGGAUGCAGACCUGAACUCCAACAUCACGUACCUGAUCCGGACCGAGGAGGAAAGGGAGCUGUUUGCGCUCGACCUCGUCACAGGAGAGCUGAGAGUGUUGUAUACACUGGACUUCGAGAAACUCACACCUGAGGAGACAACACACACCUUGGUGGUGGAGGCGGUAGACAGUGGGGGGAGCAUGCCGCCUGGUUUGGCCACUGUGACUAUCACCAUAACGGACAUGAACGACUUCUCGCCGGUGUUUGGCCAGACGGUGUACAGAGGCAUGGUGGCACCCAAUGCCGUCAAAGGGACCAUCGUCACCACGGUGCAGGCUGAAGACUGGGACACGCCGGGCACGCCAGCCAGCCGAGUGCACUACCAAGUGGACCUGGAGCAGUUCUUCUACAGUGCCAGCAUUUUUGACGUGGAUAAGGACACGGGCAGCAUCCUCACCAGGGUCAACCUCAAUGAGGAGCCCAACACCAAAUUCAAUCUGGCCGUUAUUGCUUAUGACAGUGGGGAGCCGGUGAAGUUCAAUAAGACUCUGGUGGAAAUUACCGUCUUGCAGCCCUCUGUCAUCCCGGUCUUCACACAGGAGGAGUACAGGUUUCCUGCAGUCAGUGAGAACGCUCCUGUAGGCACGGUGGUGGGGGUCAUCCUUGCAGCUGCCAUAAAUCAGAGCAUUGUCUACUCCAUUGUGGAGGGGAAUGAAGGAGGCGAAUUCACUGUGAACAACCUGACCGGAGUCAUCAGCACAGCCAGGCCACUGGACUACGAGACCAACAGCAGCUACGUCCUGCGGGUGGAGGCCGACUCUCUGAGGGUGUUCUCCUCCAACCAGCGGGCGCCUUCUAAAAGUAACACAGCUAAGGUGUACAUCGAGGUGCAGGACGAGAACGACCACCCCCCAGUUUUCACCAAAAUGUUCUAUCUGGCUGGAGUCGCGGAGGAUGCCAAAACCUUCACGUCUGUCCUGCAGGUCCAGGCUCUGGAUAAAGACACAGGGAAUUACAGUGCCAUGCACUACCACCUCAUCAUCCCCCCGACGGCGGACGGAAAGGACAGCUUCGUGAUUGAGCCGUACACAGGGGUCAUCAAAACCGCCAUCAUGUACAGGAACAUGCGCCGCUCCUACUUCAGGUUUGACGUCAUCGCCACGGACAAUUACGGCGAGGGGCUGAGCAGCAGUGCACAAGUGGUGGUAUCUGUGGUGAACCAGCUGGACAUGCAGGUGGUGGUGUCCAACGUCCCCCCUACCGUGGUGGAGCAGAACAAGGAGCAGCUGAUUGGGAUUCUAGAGCGCUACGUACAAGACCAGAUCCCCGGUGCCAAGGUGGUGGUGGAGUCCAUCGGGCCGCGGCGGUACGGAGACACGUACGACCAGGAAGAUUACACCAAAUCCGACCUCAUGGUGUACGCCAUAGACCCCAUGACCAACAGAGCUCUCUCCAGACAGGAGCUGUUCAAGUUUCUGGAUGGAAAGUUGCUGGACAUCAAUAAGGAGUUCCAGCCCUACCUGGGCCGAGGUGGACGCAUCCUGGAGAUCCGAACUCCUGACGUGGUUCAGAACGUGAAGAAAGCAGUGCAGUCAGUGGGCUACACAGAAGGAGCUCUGCUGGCCUUGGCCAUUAUCAUCAUCAUCUGCUGCAUCCCAGCCAUCCUCAUCGUCAUUGUCACCUACCGACAAUUCAAAGAGCGACAGGCCGAGUGUGCCAAAACCGCCAGGAUCCAAAUGGCUCUACCAGCUGGCAAACCCGGCGGCGUGGCCACCAGUAAUCUGUACGAGGAACUGGGAGACGGCACCAUGAGAGGGUACGGACAUCAAGAGCAACAGCAGUUGCUUCGGCCUUCUCUCUUGAGACCAGAGGAACUAUCUAUGGAGUCUGGCAUUGACCCCGGCCAGGACUAUUAUACACAGGAUUACUAUAAUUAUGACCACGGGUAUGAUUUACCUCAGUAUGGCAGUCGCAGGAAGUUAAUCUCUCCAGCUGGAACGUAUGAUGAGUACGGAGAGGUGAUCGUGGAGGAUGAUGGCAGCUAUUACUACAGUCCUCACGAAUCUGAAGGAGAGGUUUCGAAGCAUAGUAGAAGGCUGGCCGCACCUUCAGGUCUGAAUCCACACCUUCCUCCACAAACACUCCCUAAAGAUCAGCCUCCCAGACUGGAUCAGUCCCAGCCCAAGCCAGCAGAGGGCAGUGCGUCCCCUCGCAGCUCAAAGGCUGUGACCAAGCUCAAAGCAGUGAUGAAACUCAGCAAGCUGCUCGCCACAGGCAAGACCUCCAAUCCAAAUCCACCAGCGCCUCGCCACGUUCCAUGGAAGAAGACCAGGAUAUUUCCAAUGAUGAUCCCCCCCAAGGAGGAGCCAGGUGGUGUAGAUCCCCCUAAUAUAACUCCAAAUCAAAAUUCAGACAGUUCAGACAGUGGGAUGGUCAUUAAUGGUAGCUACUUUCAGAAUAAGGAAGGAAAGAUCUCAGCUAAAACUCCUCCAGGGAAGAUCUUAAGUCAGAUUAACGUCUCCAAUAAGCCGCAAACUCACUGGACAUCUCAAACUGGCACCAGCAUCAUCACAGACAGCUCAAGUGAGGGGAAGACUUCUGUUUCCCAGGCAACUACUGAUUCAGAGAGGGAGGAGUCGCAGGGUGUACCUACAAACUCUCAGGAGGAGACUGGGAACGAAGGAGAACUUUAUAAAGAUUCUCCCGGAAAGAUUCGGGAACAUUCCCUAGAUCAGAAACGUGCCAUACCAACCUCAAACGCAUGGACGUAUUCAAUCAGACACCAGGAAGUGGCAUAUAUGAGUAGCUUUGAUUCAGACGACGAGCAGGAAUCAUCUGAGGGACAUCCAAAAGCUGAGGGAGAUGACUCUGAAGAUGAGUCAGUGUCAAAGAUAGAAAAGCCAUCAGACACAGAGCAGACAGAUUCUGACACAGAGACUGAGACUGAGAAAGAGUCAGAAACUGACAGUGAGAACGAAUCCAACACUGAUGAGCCAUCUGACUCAACACAAGAGACAACACAACAGACAGAAGAAGGCGCAUCAUCAAUGGAAAGAUCUGAGUCAGAAAGUUCUGAGAUAGACUCCCAAUCCUCAUCAUCAUUAGGCUCAUCUUUGUCCAAAGUUGGUCCACAAGACUCUAGAAGCUCCCGACCCAAAACUAGCAGAGGUACCAUCCAAGAAGAGAGUGACGAGGAAAAGGAAGAGACAGACAAAGAGAAAGAGUCAAGCGAAGAAGAGUCAGAUGAGUCAGAUAAGGAAGAUAAACCAAAAUCCAGCUUCAGGUCUAGUAUAAAGCAACCAUUGGGCUCUAAGAGGAAACAGCACUCCAACAAAAGUCAGAGCCUCUCGCCUAUAGUAGAAGAUGAAGAGGAUCAGGACCAAGCGGAUGAAAGAAGCAAAAGAAGAAGAAGACGACGAGAAGAGACUGAGGAAGAUGAUGAAGCUGAGGAAGAUGAAUCAGAUACUGAUGAGACUGAUACUCCCUAGAUUAGCAUCAUCGGAUCUACUGCUCAUAUGCCAAAAAGAAGAGGAUCAAGUUGGUGGUGGAUCGUGAGUAUGAGACCAGUUCUACGGGAGAUGACAGUGCCCCCGAGGCUCAC